GGAAAAUUUCCACUAUCGGUAGGUUAUGGAUUUUCUGUGCGCUCCUAUGUAAAAAUAAAAUAAGAAAAAGAACUUCAAUGUUUCACAAAAUAAAUUUAAUUUUAACUCUACUCUUAUUAGCUUAUCAGUAAAACAAAUAAAAAUAAUUGAUUGUUUAUGUUUGUUGUUUAUUUUUCCAAUAAGAACAAAGUUCCCCAAAGUCCCUUUGAAAUAGCAAAGAAAAAAUAAAUAAAUUCAAGUCGACCCUCAACGAAAAUCAUGUUAAAGUGAAAUUUUUGUCGUGUAGCUAUUUUAUUUAUUUUGUUUAAAUAAAUUCACUUGUUGUUGUUGUUGGAUUGAGGUACUCGAUUAAAUCGUACACAAGAAACUUCCAUAAAUUUAUACACAAAACACACAAAAAUGCUGGAGCAGAAAAGCGAUCAUAUUUCCCUUACUCUACCGGUGCCAGUUGGUGGCUCCUCCAGCAAUGAUUUAUCCAAGAACCUGCAACAAAGGAAAAGCUUUCGCCGGACUUGGAAUCAACUGCCCCGUUGUCAAAGGAAUCUCAUCAUCCUCACUAUUUCUGCGUGCUGCACAUUCAUAGUGCUCUUCCUGCCUGGCGAUCAAAUUGUCUCCGAGACAGUAAAAGAUUCAUUGUCCGUAGACUCGGCUGGAGAAUCACUUGGCCUAAAUGCCGCCGUUGGCAUUGGUCACAUAAAUGUGGCGCCUUUCAAAGAUCACAAAGUUCAUCCUAAAGACCACCACCAUUCGGAUACAGCACCGGACACAUCGAAACGAAAACCGGAGCUCCCAGAAACCCCCGAAAACAACGUUAAUCUUCUUAUUGCACCCAUCAAGACGGUGGAUUCUGAUCCUGAUCCACCAAAUGUUGUAGAUGAACCUGUAGCUGGACUUCUGCAAAAUGAAGCCAAAGUAGAAGCAGCUGCUGAAAGUGGUAUCGAUGACUUUAUCAAUCAUCUAGAAGAGACAACCGACCUGACACCGUCGGAUUUCAAAGGCCCAUCGAAUAGCCGACAAAAAGCAGUGGUGGAUGCAUUCAAACAUUCGUGGAAGGGCUACAAGGCAUUCGCCUGGGGUCAUGAUAAUUUGAAGCCAGUUUCGAUGUCAUCGCACGAUUGGUUUGGUCUGGGACUGACAAUUGUCGAUUCAUUGGACACAAUGUACAUUAUGGAUUUACAAGAAGAGUUUGAAGAAGCUCGAAAUUGGGUUGAUCAGUACCUCAAUUUCGACAUAAAUCGUGAUGUAAAUCUGUUUGAAGUCACCAUACGAGUGUUGGGUGGCCUGCUGACCUCUUACCAUUUGAGCGGUGAUAAGAUGUUCCUAAAAAAAUCGGUUGAAUUAGGUAAUCGUUUACUUCCAUGCUUCCUCUCGCCAUCUGGCAUUCCAUACUCAGAUGUUAAUCUUGCAUCUAUGUCGGCGCAUUCACCCAAAUGGUCGCCAGAUAGUUCAACAAGUGAAGUCACAACAUUACAAUUAGAAUUCAGAGAUUUAAGUAGAAGUACUGGCAACAAAAUAUACGAAGAGUCUGUUCAUCGUGUAAAUGAAAAAAUACACGCCUUAGAGAAAAACAACGGAUUAGUUCCGAUAUUCAUAAAUGCCAAUACCGGAACCUUCAGGAACUUCGCAACAAUCUCAUUGGGAGCACGAGGAGAUUCAUACUACGAAUAUCUGCUAAAGCAAUGGAUUCAAACUGGACGAAAAGCUGAUGAUUUCUUAAUUGAAGACUACAAAACUGCCGUUGAUGGAGUUAUAUCUCAACUUGUUCGAAAAACCCCCAAGGAGCACCAUGUCUACAUUGGUGAACUAAUCAAUGGAAAAGAUUUCAAAGCAAAGAUGGAUCAUCUAACGUGUUAUUUCCCCGGCACACUCUUGCUUGGACACAAAUUCGGCAUGCCAGAAUCUCAUCUAAACCUUGCUCGGGAUCUACUCGAGACAUGUUAUCAAACCUAUAUGAAACAACCAACUGGACUUGCUCCCGAAAUAACUUACUUCUCGACCGUGGAAGAUGAUGAACCCGAAAUUCAAGUUAGAUCGAAUGAUGCGCAUAAUUUGUUGCGACCCGAAUUCAUCGAAAGUUUGUAUUACUUUUAUGCAAUCACAGGCAAUCGUACAUAUCAAGAUAUGGGCUGGAAUAUAUUCCAGUCUUUCGAAAAAUAUACCAAAGUCGCUAAUGGUUAUUCGUCCAUUGGCAAUGUUAAGAGUGUUUUCAAUCCACGUCUACGCGAUCUCAUGGAGAGCUUUUGGCUAGGUGAAACUUUAAAGUAUUUUUAUCUUCUCUUUAGCGAUGAUCGCAAGGAAAUUGAUUUAGAUAAGUUUAUCUUUAAUACCGAAGCUCAUCCUCUUCCAAUACGAAACUACUAACUACUAACAAAACACACAGGGCAAAAAUAACUAAUCAAAAAUAUUUUUGUGUAAAUAGAAGUAAAAAGAAGAAACAGAAACAAAACAAAAAAAGAAGCGACAAACUGCGAUUUUGUAUGAAUGUUAAUUUAUUUAUAAAAACUAAAAAAAAAAAAAAUAACGAAGCUAAGUCGGAUUGGCAAAAAAGUGUGUCCUUUUGUAGAAACUUUUCCAAAAAAAAACUCAAGUUAUAAACUUUGAAAAACAAAAACUAAACACAAACAAACAAACACCUACUACUACGUAGUUAAAUUAGUAUGUAAACGAAUUUUUAAAAUCUCAAUUAUCAUGAUAUUAUAGUCCAAAUAGGGAGGCUAGUUUAAAUACUUAAAGUUUCGAUAUUUGUUUUUCUAUUAAGGAAGUUUUUCAAAAACAAACAUAAUAUUUGAUAUGUUUUUUAGUUGUAAUGAAUAAAUAAUUUUUUGUCUGAAUUUAAAAUCUCAAUGUAUUAUACGUUAAAAAUUAAAAAUAAACAUACAACGAAAUCUAGGUUGGUUAGUAGACACCAGUUCUACAAUAUCUUUCGUAGGUUCUAAAAUAAAAUACAAGCUCCGAGAUUUAAAUCUGCAUGUUCAAGAGCACCACUGAAACAUAUAUUUGGCCAAUGGUCAAUCUCUUACAACAAACCAGCAUUGCAUGUUCACCAUACAGGCCGGCCCUUAAAAUCGAUGAUAGGAGAAGUCAAACUUCAGAUUAGUUUGGGAGGAAAAUGGCUUUUGAAUAAAAAUGUUGAACGAAGCUUAGACGUAAAUCUGGAAUGUUCAGCUAGUUCUUAACAUCUCAAUCCACGAAGGGAACGGAUUGAUUAUUAUUUACAAACACCACAUGAGAACUCAAUCCGAAAAUUUCAGACUCCGAACGUACCACCACAUGUUUUCCAAGGAGAUUCGACAACAACAUCUGCUGAAACGUACUUUCAAAAGCUUACCUAUCGUCUAGCAAGCCGAAAACAGAAGAAAGAGCGUAACAAAUCAAAGAAAGAUCACAUGGAAUAUUUAUUGAUCGUUACCGAAAAGCACCAGUUUCCAAGACCUGAUUCUUUCCAAUUGCAACUUUUUCACACCGCAUCCAGCGGAAGGAAGUGCCGAAUCAAAAUCCCAAGCUUAUAAAAUACCAGCCCCCUUAACUUUCACCGACCCGGUUCAAACUCACAUAUCACCAACUGAGGCAAAAGGCACGAUCAUUGCUCAUACAAAGAUGCAGAGGAAAUAUAUAUGGUAUAGCUUUUGCCGUUGAGCUUCUUUCAAUAAGUAGUGACUUUUGAAGAAUAUUUUAUGUAGCGAGGUGAAAAUCCUUUUUUAACUUUGUCCUUUACUCAGUUAGGUUACCAAUCUUUUGUACACUAAUGAAAAUAAUUUCCGAGCACAGUUAGCAUCUCUUUCUCUUGUACAGGUCUCGUAUACCCUACCUUCUUCCUUCCGUCCGUAUAUUCCACCAUCCACUUCUUUUAAGUGCAUGACACUCAGAUGGUAAGGCCCACCGUUUAUUCUCUAGUUCACUGCUAGGACAUGGAGCUUCUCUCCCAAGUUAUUCUGUGGCUAAUUGCUUCCAACG